AAGGAUCCCGUCCGACUAUCAUGUAUUUUGAUUGGCCUCUGAAACAGGCCGAAGGAUUCUUCCGCACAGAACCGUAGGUGACCCAAACAGCGAGAUCCUCGAAAUCUGCGGUCGGAUUGCAGUAUGUCCAAUGAGGCGAGCAGGCCUUACAGGGGAAACCGGUGCCGAGAAAGCCUAGGCUGCCCAGGAACCUGGGGUUCAUGGGCUUCGGUUCCCUAGUUUGGAGGUUGAGGGCUUAAUAACAGGGGGUAUUGCGGCAUCGAAUUCUCAAUUAGGGACUCAACUCCAAUUCAGGAGCAAAAAUAGUGAGCCUACAUAGGUAGGUACAUAUGAUGUAACACAGGAGGCAGGGCGGAUCCUUCAUAACUUUUCUUUUUCCUGUAUAUUUCCGUUUGUGCUCUCCGUCUGUGUUCUCCUCAAAUGUCAACUAAAUGUUAACCUACUUCCGCCGGUGCGGUGAACCCAGAGUCACCUGUAUCAUCAUAAGCUAGAGGGCAUGAUGUCGCCCAACAAUAUCCAAUACGAGCCCGCUGGUCUGGAAGUUGCUCCAGUAUCCGACUUACCAUGUGUCGUCGAGGGGCCGACUAUCAUAGAGAAGCCAUACGACGGCACGCAGUAUGCGUAUCAUCAGCAAAUGCCGGGUUUUCAGGGCAUGGCUCAGCAAAAUGCUUACUCGAACGGGGCAUAUCCUCCCCAAGGGUAUCCUAUAUCUAGCCAGGGUCCGCCAUACUGGGGAGGUUCUCAAGACGGCACAUACCUCACUGAAAAUACUCCUCCUAUACCGCCAAGUAAUAGAAGAAUAUGGGGGUUAAGGCCGAAAACUUUCUGGUUCAUCGUUGGUCCGCUCAUUGCCAUCAUCGUCAUUGGCUUGGCAGUUGGUUUAGGUGUGGGAUUGGCUACUUCGCACAAAUCGAGUUCGAAUUCUGACGCAACUCCCACAUCGUCGCAUCCCUCAAGCACAACUGGGUCAAUAGCAAUCACGUGUCCGCAGUCAAACGGGACGAUAUACGAAGGGGCCGGCAACGACCCGUUCCUAGUUCUCUGCAACGUAGACUAUAACGGCAACUGGGAAGGCAGCGGAACCACAGACAUUGGCAACGAAGAGACAAGUUCUGUCGAGGACUGUAUCGAUAUGUGUGCAGGGAACUCGACCUGCGCCGGGGCGGGCUGGGGUAGCUACAAUGGUCAUUAUGUCUGUUGGAUGAAGGGAAAGUUGGGCUCACCACAGGACUCUCCGGAUUGGUUCUUCGUGAUUAGACAAUAGGUCGGCUGGGUUAGGGAAUUAACUAUUAGGGGACAGAUCUAGUAAUGGGGGUCUAGAAGGACUUAUGGGGUGGGUGGUAGCGCUGGUUUUACUUCGUAUUAAGAUGUGAUAUAUAUUCGUUUUCUAUGUAUUUAUUGUGUAUACCCUCGAAGAUACCCUCGACAGGGGUUUAAUGCUAAGUAAAACCCCUGCCAUAUCGAAUCUAGGAUUUGAUAGCCCUCAGUUAUCUACGCAUUGAGCUUUGAGACUCCUAAUGACG